GUUCAGCUUUGUUUCCAUCUCUACUUCGACUCAACAACCUCACCCAUCGGUUCCCUGACGGACGUCGCAGCUGCAAGAGAUUCGCGCUCUUGAUAGAAGCUGCCGCAUACGUCAUUUGCGAAUGUAUCAACUUUCCACAGUGGAUUGAUCGACGAGACGACAAUGAGACGGCUUCUCUGAAAUCCCGCUCGCAGCCUGAUCACCAUGUCUGGCUACCACCAACGCUACAAUCAAGACGGGUUCAAUCCGCAGUUCGAGGCAGUACGGAGCCAUUCUCGGAACAAACGGACCUCGUACUCGGUCAGCGACGACGAUGAAUAUACGAAUAGUCUUCCAAAACGACCGAGGCUGGCCGGCGUGGCUUCUGAUCAACCCGACUAUGCCGUAACCAAGCUCACCCACGAGGCCUACACCGUGGGCUGGGUGUGUGCUCUCCCUCUCGAGAUGGCCGCAGCAAAGACCAUGCUGGACGACACACACCAACCGCUUGCGAUGAACCCCAACGACAGCAAUGUAUACACGUUCGGUCGCAUAGGCGCCCACAACGUUGUCAUUGCGUGCUUGCCGUCAGGGCAGUACGGCACGAACAGCGCGGCGGUGGUGGCCAAUAACAUGCGUUGGAGCUUUCCGUCAAUACACAUUGGGCUGAUGGUCGGUAUCGGUGGCGGCGUUCCUGGCAAGGUCGACAUACGCCUUGGCGACGUCGUGGUCAGCAACCCGACUGGGGGCUCAUCAGGGGUCAUACAGUAUGACUUUGGAAAAGCCGUCCAUGACGGCCGGUUCGAGCAUACUGGCACGUUGAACAAACCCCCUCAGUCGGUCCUGGCGGCGGUUUCUAAGCUGCGCGCCAUUCACGAAACACGGCCAAACCAGAUUCCAGCUAUCUUGGCUCACAUGGAGAUGCGUAAUCCCUACAUGUCCGAAUACUUGUACAAAAGCAUGGAUGGAGAUCGGUUGUUUGAGGCCUUUUAUGAACAUGCCUCCGGAGACACCUGCGACGACUGCGACAUGUCCAAGCUGGUGGAUCGUAAGCCACCGCCGGAGGCACAUAUGCCGAAGAUUCAUUACGGGAUCAUUGCAUCUGGAAACCAGGUUAUGAAGCAUGCGCAGACACGAGACCGUCUUGCCAAAAACAUGGGUCUCAUUUGCUUCGAGAUGGAGGCGGCGGGUUUGAUGGACAACUUCCCAUGUCUGGUCGUACGCGGGAUCUGCGACUAUUCUGACAGCCACAAAGCGAAACGGUGGCAGAGAUACGCGGCCGCAACAGCAGCAGCGUAUGCAAAGGAGCUUCUCUAUGUCAUCACACCCCACGAGGACGAUAGCCUCACGACGCAGACUAUGGUGGCGCCUGGCACUCAUACUGUUCAAUCGCCAACACAACAACCACCAUCACCGGACCACAGAAAGAUGUUGCUAGCCUCACUGAAAUUUGACCAAAUCGACAAGCGACAAGCCAACAUCAAAACCGCCCACGCAGAGACUUGUGAGUGGUUGACGAAGCAUCCCGACUACACAGCUUGGAUGGACCGCCAGAAGUACUCUCAGCACCAUGGCUUCCUGUGGAUCAAGGGAAAACCUGGCGCCGGAAAAUCGACCCUGAUGAAGUUUGCCUUCGGCCGAGCAAAGAGGAGAAAGGGUAAAGAUGGACUCUUGAUCUCUUUCUUCUUCAACGCUAGAGGCGACGGUCUCGAGAAAUCGACUUUGGGGAUGUACCGAUCCCUACUGUACCAGCUUCUGGAAAAUAUGCCUGACCUGCAGACACUGCUUGACAACCCGGACUUCGAACCCUUGGCGCAGCCCGGAUCCGACGCCUGGGAACUUGGCCAACUCAAAAUUCUCUUCCAGAAUGCAGUCCGGAGACUAGGACAACGACAGUUGACUUGCUUCAUCGAUGCUCUCGACGAGUGUGAUGACAAUGAGGUCUCGGAAAUGGUUAAAUGCUUUGAGGACCUAGGACAGUACGCAGUCCAGAACGACAUUCGUUUCUACGUGUGUUUUUCCAGCCGCCAUUAUCCGUACAUCGACAUCCUCUAUGGUCAAAAGCUUGUUCUGGAAGGUCAGGUUGGACAUGAGAAAGACUUGGCCGACUACGUGCGCAGCAAACUCAGGGCCGGCUCGGGACCAAAAAGCGAUGAGGUGAUUGCUGAGAUCCUGCAGAAAGCUUCAGGCGUCUUCAUGUGGGUUUUUCUGGUCGUCGACAUCCUUAAUAAGGAGUACGGGAAGGGCCGCCUGUUUGCAGUGAAAAAGCGACUAAGGGAGAUACCCUCCGAGUUGAGCGAGCUGUUCCAGGACAUCCUCACAAGGGACCAGGAGGAUAUGGGGGAUUUGCUCCUAUGCAUUCAAUUGCUGCUCUACAGUCAAAGACCACUCAAGCGGGAGGAGUACUAUUUUGCUGUAGUGUCUGGUUUGGAGCCUGAUACCCUAGGGGAAUGGGAUCCCGAGGAUAUUACUCAAGACAUGAUGGACCGCUUGGUUGUCAGUUCAUCCAAGGGGCUCGCCGAGACGACAAAGUCGGAUGACAGGACGGUUCAAUUCAUCCACGAAUCAGUGCGAGAUUUCCUUCUCAAGGACAACGGAUUGCGGCAUCUUUGGCCAGACAUGGGCGACAACUUCGAAGGUCGAAGCCACGACAGGUUGAAGCAUUGUUGUCAUACGUACUCUACGCACAUCAACAUCAUGGCCUAUCUACCGAAAGACAAAUUCCUGCUGCGGAUCUCCGAGGGAGAUGCUUAUCUCUCUAGGGGUAAGGUAGCCGAACGGUUCCCAUUUCUCGAGUACGCAACGAAUCAGGUCCUCUAUCAUGCCGAUGCCGCGGCGUCACAUGGGAUUCCACAAAGCGAAUUCUUUGAGGAUUUCGUAGUGGAUGAUUGGAUACAAAUGAACAAUUUGUUUGAGAAAGCCAGAACUCGAAGACACAAGCCUGCGUCAACAAGUCUUUUAUACAUCGCCGCUGCAAAGGGAUUGACAAGACUAGUCGUGAUGAGUCUUGGACGCAACCCUGAUGCCGAAAUCGACGGGGGGCGCUAUAGAUACCCGCUCCUCGCAGCCAUGAGCGAGGGACACGAGGCUACUGCGAACGCACUUUUGGACGUUAUUGCUGACAAGCCACGGCAAAACGAAGCGGGUUCGAGUAGCGGCUACGCGAUCAGUCCAAGUCUCAACUGCAAGGACGAAAGCGGCCGGACGGCGCUUUAUUAUGCCGCACAAAACAAACAAAUCGGCAUUGCGCAGAGACUUCUGGAACUGGGCGUGAGUCCCAACUUUCGUUCAGAAAAUGCUGGCUCCAGCCCCCUUGUUCGAGCUGUGGAGAAGGACAAUGAGGCAUUUCUGAGGCUCAUUCUGGACAAGCGCUCCAAAUCUCGAUCAAACACUGCGCGUGCCAGCAGUCUAUCAAAGUCGACAUCAUCAAGUGAAGGACAUGACGAAGAGGAUAGGCUUCCAGAGCUUGAUGAACACAAGGUGCCAUCGCCUGGGAGUAAGAGCCAGACUCAUAUGCCUGCAAGCAAGGCGUGCGAUGAAGACGCUUCCUGGGCCCUCCCCGUUGCUGCCAAAACCGGGAACGCAGGGAUUGCGAGACUUCUGCUUGAUUCAGGCACCGACUUACACGCUGUGAAGCGUAAUGACGAGACGCCUUUGCAUGGAGCUUGCCAGCAGAGCAAUGAGGCUAUGGUACGACUACUGCUGGAUGCAGGAGCAGAUGUGCAUCGAAAGGAUCAGUGGGGUUGGACACCCAUCCACAAGGCUGCGUGGCACCAAAAAGCGGCAACCGCACAACUGCUACUUGAAAACGGCGCCGAUAUUGAAUCUGCCACCGAAUAUGGCAAAACCCCCCUUCAUUUAGCCUGCUGUAAUGGGGAGCUGGGAGUAGCAGAGGCGCUACUCAAAGCAGGCGCAAACCCCCACGCCGUCGACAAGGAAGGCGCUACGCCCCUUCACAAUGCCUGUGAAUACGGCCCCUCAGAAAUUGCCAGUUUCUUGAUUGAAGCAGGCGCCAAUGUUCAAGCGGCCAACAAUAAGGGUCAGACACCGCUUUUCUACGCUGUAGAAAGGUCACGGAUGGCCUGCUUGGAUGUUUUGCUCUCCCACGGCGCCGACAUCAACCACAGAGACAACCGUGGGCGGACACCUCUCUUUGAACUCGUCAAAAACAACAACAACAGCAGUACUUUCGAGAGGUUUCUAGACAAGCAACCAGAUGUCACAAUCACCGACUGCAGCGGUCAGACCGCCCUUUUUGAACUGAAAGACUAUCACAGCCACCACGCAAAGUUGCUGGUUGAAGCAGGCGUGGAUGUCUCGCGGAUGAACAACAAGGGCCAGACCUUCCUUCAUGUGGCGUGUUCAACAUACGAUGACCUUGAGAACCAGUAUAAGGAGUUCCUUCAAGGGUUGUUUGAAGAGGGCUUCGACAUCAAUGCUCGGGACCACACUGGUCGAACACCGCUACUAGACGCAGUGAAAACGAAGAACAUGGACUGGGUGCCCUUUCUUUCUAAACACGGUGCUGACCUCGAUGCAGCAGACAACCAAGGUUGGACGCCGCUUUCCACAGCUAUUGAGGUUGGAGGCCUUCAGUAUUUCGAGCUUGUCCAGCUUCUUCUAGAGAGCGGGGCCGAUGCAAGGAAAGCUGGCCCAAACGGCGAAUGUUUGUUGGAUAUGGCUGUUCGGCUGGGCAAUGACGAUUUGUUGGCAAUUCUCAAAGAAGCCAUAGACGAAAGGAGUAUCACCCAAUGAUACAGUCCACGGGGUUGUAGGCUGUCAAGUAUUUAGAUGAUAGGAUGUUGUCCUGUCUGGUUGGUGCUUUUGCAGGAACUUGGC